CACCCAAUCAUUCCACGUUAGCGCCAUCCUCCUUCAGUCACGAAAACCGCCCACGUCGAUUCAGCCUAUCCUACCUGAAGGCGCCCGGGGAUCAUGCCCCCGAUGGACACGACCUCAUGAAGCCUGCAGCUCAGCCCCGCAUCCCCUUCAGCCUUCCACGUCGACCCCAAGUAAAAUAAUAGCAUCCGCUGCCGUUCAGUGUCGGAUCGGCUACGCCGGGGAUAGGAAUAGCCACCAUGGAGGAAAGCUCAUCCUCCUCUGUACGUCCUCCGUCGGAACGGGAGGGGAUGAUUGUUCAGGAGAUUCUGGAACGACGUCUAGUGAUUGGACUAGACUACGGCACGACUUUUACCGGUGUCGCGUAUGCAACGCCCGCCGGUAAUCGAUGUGCACUUCGCGAAAUCGAUGUGGUCACCGACUGGGGACCUCAGAUGGAAAAUCACGACAAAGUACCCAGCGUGGUCUCCUACUCCCGUCCAAGUACAGCCCGCGAACAGCAGUGGGGCAGCAGUCUAAGCCCCAACGCGGUGACUAUGGUUCAUACCAAGUUAGAGCUUGAUUUGGAAAGCGUGGCUGGUGAGCUUGACUUGACAUUGCAGGUGUUGGACGGGAUGAAAAAUCUCAACUUUCUGCGAAUAAUGGGGGACCAAGAAGGGGAUGGAAUCCCUGCGUACAGCCACAAAAGCCCGGAAGAGAUAGUCCAGGAUUAUUUAAGCAGGGUAUUUCAAUAUCUGGGCAAGGUUGUCGAGGGAUUUUCGACCGUGCUCAGAGUGAGGAUACCCACUGAUAUCGUUGUCACUGUUCCGACGGGCUGGUCGUACAUGGCGAUGAAUUCCACAUAUCGCGCACUGUCGAAGGCUGGUUUCAGUCGGACUUCAUUUCCGAUGCUGCAAGACGUCGUGUUCGUAACGGAACCGGAGGCGGCAGCUAUGUACACGGCACGUUACUAUAGCGAUCAGCGGCAAGAAAGCUUUCUCAGGCAAAACCGCUACUUUAUUCUUUGCGAUGCUGGAGGCGGAACUGUGGAUGUGAUCUCGUACAAAGUGAAGCAGCUACAACCGACCCUCCAACUCGAGCAGAUCGGCAAUCCUACAGGACGUAAAUGUGGAUCAAUUUUCAUCAACCUCGAGUUCAAAAAGUGGCUCAAACGUUUGAUAGGAGAAGCGAAGUAUCGGGAGCUUGACCCCGAUCUGGACGUGGACAAGAACGCAGCUCACGCCUUUGAAACGACAUCGAUGCGACAACUCAUGCGAGAUUUUGAUACGCUCAAGCGGGAUUUCCAGCCAAACUCGCAUCAAGACUUUCACCUGGACUUGCCUCAUCCUCUUGCAAAUCUGGACAUUCCAGAUGUGGUUAAUAAGGGCGAGAUUACGAUUACAUGCGCCGAUAUGGAGCAUUUCUUUGAUAAAUGCGUUGGACAGGUUGUGGGGCUGAUCAAGGAGCAUGUACUAUUGAUAGCGAAACGUGGAGGGAGCCCAAAGGAUGUAAUUCUCGUGGGGGGAUUCGGCGAGUCCAGCUACUUGCGCGGUCAGAUCGAAACCACCCUGAGAAUGUGGAAGCUUCAGCUCCGCCGCCCAGAGACCUCUUGGACAGCUGUUGUACAGGGUGCCGUGAUAUGCGGUAUUGAGAAGGACAACAUCUCGAACUUGAGGAGAGCGAAUACGUGCAAGUACGACUAUUGCAUUCGUCUCGAUCUACCAUUUUCGGACGUCUUUCACACAAUGGAAGACCUCAAAAACUCCAACGGCGGGUCGUAUGCUGAGCAUCAGCUGGACUGGCUUCUGAGCAAAGGCGACCUGGUUCUGUCAGAUCGGUCGCACAGGGUGGAGAGGGAAAUCACAAUAUCUUUCUCGAAGAAGACGCGGGGUAUCAAAGAGGUGCCUAUAUAUAGGUACACAGAGGAUGGUGAACGGCCCAGUCGGUUCAAGAAUGCUGUAGAUGAGCUUGAAGAAGCAUGUCUGCUAAGCAUCGAUCUAAUGCAGAUCCCUUUGACGGGUUGUGAGAUAGAUCGAGGUUGGGGUAUUCGGCCUGAUACUUAUGAAACGGUGGUCACUCUCGUAACGGAGUUGAAGUGGGAGAGACUAGAGGCUUGCGUGAAGUGGAGAGAUUUGGAGCUUGCGAGAAAUAGCGUUCUAUACUGACAAGUCCGGUCUCCUUCCUGCUCCAGGAACAGAUUAUCAUAAU